CUCCCCCCCGGUUGAAUGAAACGGCGGAGAGACGCGAAUGACACCGGGAGCAGAGCGAGGGCCAUCGCCCCUGCCUUGUGCAGGCUGAGCCUCUGGGCUGCCCGGGAGCCGCACGGCGACACGAGCCUGCCAGAAAACAGGGGGUUGGGCCCCUUUCAGCCAAGCGCCGGUGCCUUCCCCCGGGAGCCGCUGUCUCGCUCAGCAGCGUCCUGCCCCCGCAGCCUCCGGCGCCCUGGCGCUGGGAAUGAAGCCCGGCGCUGCUGCGGGACUGGUUUGCCCAGGGAGCGGCCCCAGCGCUCUCGGCGCCCCAGGCAGGGGCGCGGCUGCCGGAGGGUUAACGGGGUUACGGGCGGGGGCAGGAGGAGCAGCUGCCGGGCGUGUCCGCCGCUCGCGCACCGGGCUGCAGCCAGGGCGGGAGGAGGCAGAAGCGCCGAGGCGGCGAAGCCGGGCUCCCCUGCUCCGGCGCAGCUCCCGGGGGCGCUGCCGGGGCUCGGGCUGCCCAGGGGGGCGCGAAAGGAACAGCCGCUCGGGGGCACCAUGCCUGGAAGCGACACCGGCCUGCCUGUGGACAGGACUUACUCGGACCCGGAGAGGCACCAGCGCUGCAAGACCCGGGUGGAAAGACAUGACAUGAAUACUCUGAGCUUGCCACUUAACAUUCGCCGUGGGGGUUCAGAUACCAACCUCAACUUUGAUGUACCCGAUGGGAUCUUAGAAUUUCACAAAGUCAAACUUAAUGCAGAUAGCCUGAAACAAAAAAUUUUGAAAGUUACAGAACAGAUCAAAAUUGAACAAACAGCCCGUGAUGGAAAUGUGGCUGAAUAUUUAAAACUGGUGAACAGUGCAGACAAGCAGCAGGCCGGACGUAUUAAACAAGUCUUUGAGAAGAAGAACCAGAAGUCUGCUCACUCCAUUGCCCAGCUACAGAAGAAAUUGGAACAGUAUCACCGAAAGCUCAAAGACAUUGAACAAAAUGGAUCCUCCAAAAGUUCCAAAGAUAUUUCGAAAGAUAACUUGAAGGAUAUCCAUCCCCCUUUAAAAGAUGGCCAUGGCAAAUCUCGUGCCAGUGGCCAAGGUGCUGAGAGCAGCAAAUCGGGUGUGCCAGGUGUCUCCUUGACACCACCAGUGUUUGUUUUCAGCAAGUCAAGGGAGUUUGCAAACUUGAUCCGAAAUAAAUUUGGCAGUGCUGACAACAUUUCUCACCUGAAAAAUACCCUGGAUGAAUUUCGUCCAGAAACUAGUUCCAGGGCCUAUGGUGGCAGUGCUACUAUUGUGGCUAAACCAAAAUAUGUUAGUGAUGAUGAGUGCUCAAGUGGGACAUCUGGCUCUGCAGAUAGUAAUGGGAACCAUUCCUUUGGGCCUGGUGGGACAAACGCUCUGGACAGCCAAGCAAAGCUUUCCAUGAUCUUGGAGGAACUGAGAGAAAUAAAGGAGACACAGUCCCAAUUAGCUAAUGACAUAGAGAAUUUAAAAGCACAGUUUCAGAGAGACUAUGGUUUUAUUUCUCAGACAUUGCAGGAGGAAAGAUACAGGUAUGAACGAUUGGAAGACCAGCUAAACGAUCUGACAGAUCUUCAUCAGCAUGAGACUGCAAACUUGAAACAAGAGCUAGCCAGCAUAGAAGAAAGAGUGGCAUAUCAGGCCUGUGAACGGUCACGAGAUGUUCAGGAAGCCUUGGAAUCUUGCCAGACUCGGGUUUUUAAGCUGGAGUUCCAUCAGCAAGAACAGCAAGCGCUGCAGUCAGAAACUGUGAAUGCCAAAGUACUCCUAGGGAAGUGUAUAAAUGUAAUCUUGGCCUUCAUGACUGUCAUUUUAGUGUGCGUUUCUACCAUUGCAAAGUUUAUAGCUCCUAUGAUGAAGAGCCGUUUCCAUAUCAUCUGCACUUUUUUUGCAGUGACUCUGCUUGCAAUAUUUUGUAAAAAUUGGGAUCACAUUAUCUGUGCCAUAGAAAGGAUGAUCAUACCAAGAUGAAUCCAAUAGUCCGGAUCUUUCAUUUUUUUAAAGAAAUGUGUGUGUACAAACUACCAAAAUUUUUUAUUUUGCAAUUUAAACAUGCAGACUGGAUGAAGGCUAUAAAAACACUUGAAUGCUAAGGUGUAAAUACUUCAAUUUAUACUCCGUGGCAGUUAUUUGCCUGUUCAAUUAUACUGUAUGUAAUUGGCUAAAUCUAUUAUAAACUGCUCACUGGUGUAAAUCUUCUGCCUUAAUCUUACCAGCUUUCCACUUUACAAACCAGCACAUCUACAAGAGGUCAUGCUACUGGUGGUGUAAGAAACCUGAAGUGUAUUGUGUCAUUAACUAGAGUGAGGAGGAGUAGUGAUGGGAGUGCAUUAUAAUAAGCAUGUACUUGCACCAUUCCUAUUGGAUUAAUUCAGUUGUCAAGCUUCCCAUAUGAACCAGGAUAGAAUGGCUAGCUAUAUUUUACAAUAUUAGGAAAUACCAGCCAUACUUAUAGUAUUUCCUAAUGCUAGAUGAUUUAACAUCUGUGAAUUAGAAACUGGGAAGGUGCUUAAUUACAAUCCAGCACCGUUUUCUGAUGUUUCUGCCAGUAGGCCCUUACUCAGACAGAUUCUUUAAAUGUUAUACUUUCCCAACAAUUUGAUAUGACUAGAGUCUCUUGUGAUACAGAUUAGUAAGUAUUGUAUCCUAGAGCUAUUCUUUAUCAUGUUUAGGAAAUAUAUAAAUGUAAUAACAUGCCUCCAAAUAUGAUACAGUGAAUGAAUUAUAAGAUCACAAGGAUAUCUUAGAAGAAUAAAUAAACUAGUAACCAGUGCUGAUGCCACUAUGUUGACUUCAGUACCUCUUCUGGUCAUAUUUCAAGCUUUGCAGAUUGCAAAGGGAGAGCACAUAAACAAUUGUUUAACUUUUUAACAAUCAGUUGAUAAGCUCUCCAAUGAACAUGAAAUAGAUAACACUAGGCCCCAAGUUGGAGUAGGAGUUAGUAAUGCUGAAGGAAAUUGGAUGCCGAGAGGUUUUUCUUCCUCAGGGUUCCACAGGGGAUGUGCAGGAACCACCAGGUCAGCAGGGUUGGGAAAGAAUGUAAGUUUGUAUUAUUAGAACUAACCGUGCAAUGUCUUUUGUGAGAAAUUCCUGAGAACAGUGUUUUAGACAUCAGACAAUAACACCACUAUGAAACAGGUAGGUUGUUUUAAAUAUAAUUUAUUUUGCCUGCUCUAGAAACUACAAAAUGUUUUUCUUGAAAUCCUUUGUUUCCUGGGUAACCAGAUAUGAUGUAAAAUAAUAUAUAUGAAAUAAAAUACCAAGAUUCUCCUCCACUCAUAUGUAUCCAAAAAAAUGACACGUCUGGUUAUUUAAUUUAAUAUUUAGUGCUGUUUGCUCUAAAGAUAUGUUGUCAUGACAGCAUUAUUGUUUCUUUGGUCGCAGGGGUAAUUAUGCUUGAAUUUUAAUCAAGUGCAAUAAUUUGUAUGGAAGUCUUUAGAAAUUCUUACAUGGAAAAAAGGGAAAAGCACUUUGUCCUUUCUUCACCAUAACAUGAUUUAUAAUUAAUCUAAUAGCUUGCUGUGGCUUCAGGGGCUGAACAAAGAGCAUGGUUAAUGAUGUAAAUAAUGAUAUAACCGAGACUUUAGAAAACUAAAUUUUAAAAAAAGUCAUUAAAGAAAUUCUGAUAUGU